UGUUAACGAAAACAAAACACACCAGCAGUUCUACCAAACGCCCCAUCAAAUUUCCUAGAGAACAUAUUUGUGCCAAGAAUGUAAUUUCAACCUCUCAGCUGUAGUCCGUCCGCCAAUGACACUCUUGGCCAUUGUUUGAAAGAAGGAAUCUUCUUCCUGUUCACACGCAACGUGAUCACGCCAGCCACUAGAAAAGACAGAGGCAGACAGUUGCGCCCAUCUGCUCCUGCUCUUGCUCAGCUGAGCUGCGAGCCCACAACCAAGCGUCCAUGUCAUAUUUGUGUAUUUUCGUCAAUGAAUUUCGUCAGUAGAACGGAAAUUUCCAAAGCUUAGUGCAGAACGUGGAUUUUGAUUAGCUUCUGAAAAUCGAACAGGGCAUAAUGGAUACGAAAAUGAGUGCAUUGAAAGGUGUUGAUCGGACUUGGCAUUUAAAUUGGUUACAAAUGCGAGAAACAGGACAGAGACUCCCUCUAGGUUAUGGAAACAAAUUUUCUAAGUGUUUGUACUCGUCAAUGGUUCCUCAUACCUGCUGGGAACAAGGAGGCUCUAUUCGGGGUGUUCAUCAUGGAGGUGUUUUCAAUCUUGAAUUUUCCCCUGAUGGAUCGUUAUUAGUUGCCGCCUGUGAAAAGCGCAGUUUCUUAAUGUUUGAUGCGCUUUCUCAAAAACAGGUGCAUGCUGUGGAAAAUGCCCACAGGGAUUGUGUUAAUUGUGUUAGAUUCCUGGAUUCUAGAACUUUUGUCACAUGCAGUGACGAUAGCACAGUUGCCUUAUGGGAUGCACGUAAUCUCAAAUCAAGUAUACGAACAUUACAUGGACAUUCAAAUUGGGUGAAGAAUAUUGAGUAUUCCCAGAAUGAUGGUUUGCUUGUAACAUCUGGCUUUGAUGGAAGCAUUUAUACUUGGGACAUUAACAGCUAUACUGAAAAUGGAUUUAACUAUGAGCGAGUUUUCCACACCAAUGGGUUGAUGAGAACUAGGCUUACACCAGAUGCAACUAAGAUGAUAAUUUGUACCACAGGAGGUUAUCUUAUGAUAAUUCAUGAUCUUAAUCUACAUACUCUAGCACAAGAUUUGAAUGGUUUUAAGCCGAACAUGUAUAGGUUGAUGCAACAGAGUCAGACUACGAUUCCGGCUGCAUCUGUAUUUACAUCACUGUUCUCCAAGAAAAGGAAACGGAAUAGGAUAGAAUUUGUUACAGAUUUUCCAACUCAUAAUGAUCCAGAGGUUGUAUCCUCUCUUCAAAUUCAUCCUCAAGGAUGGUGUGCUCUGAGCCGUAACAUUAGCCAUGAAGAAUUGUCUGAGUGGACUUGUGUUCAUGACAUUCAAGACAGAGAUGAUUAUGAUAGCAUGACUGACAAUGAGGAAUUGCCAGGGUAUAUGAGGGAUGAUAGUGACGAUGUUGUGUUUGAUGAAUUUGACACUAGCAAUAAUCCCCGCGGCUUCCGCGGAUUUCCUAACCCAAAUUAUAAUAGUGAAAGUGACAGUGAUGCUGAUUCCGACUCUGAUUGGCCUCCUGGACGCAGACCACCAGUAUCCAGGGGUAGUUCUCGACCAAACCUCCGGAACAUUCCUCCUCCUGAAGUGGACGGCACAGAUAGCUCAUCUAGCACUGAUUCUGAAUCUGUCAAUCCAAGAAGAGCUCGUGCCGCACAGAAUGCAAGUCCCAGAGCACCAGUUGGAAGAUUCCAUGCUCUUUUGGAAAUAACUCGAUUUAGCAGUACCACAACCCGUCUUUUGAGUGAUACUUCACCACUUUUCCGGGAGUCAUCUUCUUCCCCGAUAAAUAAUGUUUCCUCUUCACUUCCAAGUAGACGCCCGGCUAAUCGAACUGGAGGACAAGGAGAUGAAGUGAAUUCAAACCCUGUUCAUAGACGUGGGGGAAACAUCAGAAGACUGAGGAUCACUGUCGACGGUCAAGUCCAAAUGAGUGAUGAUGACUCUUCUGGAGAGCCAGCUUCAAAUGUGAGAGUUGUGGAUGCCCAAGAAUCAAACAGGCCCUCCGGAACAAGUCGAUUGUCAGGCAGUAGACCUAGACCAAGGUUUUCUCUUCGAUCAUCUCCAAGCACCAGCCAUUCAGCUAGAACAUAUCAUGGUGAUAGCUCACGAUAUAAUGCUCUACGGAGAUUAUCUUCUUUGGAAGGUAGCUCAGCAGCCCAUCCUAGCUCAUCUUCUAGCAGAGACACUCCUACAUCUUUGGCAGACAGUGGAAGUUCAUUAAGUGCUAGGUCUAGUGAACAAACCGAAAGACCCCUACAAAUUCCUCCAAGCAGAGCCUCACAGAGAUCAAAUAACUCUCCACAAUCCACCUCACAAAGCUAUGUUGCAAACUCCUCCAUCUCAAGUUCCUCGUCAAGUGAUGUGCAGAGUACCUCACGAAGAACUGAUCAAAGUGCCCCCCAAGAAGUUUCUGCAAUAGUAGCUCCAAGCUCCUCACAAUCAAGAAUCCAGACUGCUCCUCCGGGUUCUCCUCCUAGUGACUUGCAUGACCCUGCUCAAGCUGAGCCUCGUCCAGGGGCUUCCAGUUCCAAUGCAGAUGCUGACGAAGAUGCCAACGCAAGUGCCAAUGAAGACAUCAAUGAAGAUGCCCUUGAAGACGCCAAUGCCGGUGCCAACCCAGGUGCCAAUGCGGGUCCCAAUGCGGGUCCCAAUGAAACAGCCAACGCAGCUGCAGCAGUAGGAGCUGCUCGGCAGGCACGAGGAGGACAAGGGAACAUUCCUCUGUCUCAAAACAUGGAGCUGCAUGUUGCUUCAGCGGAUGUGUGGGAAGCAUUGGUCGUGAUCCGAGAGGCGAGGGCGCGGCGUCAACAGGUUCCAUCUCGGAAUCUCAACUCUGGUCGUGAUCGAAGAGAUCUCAUCUCUAGAUUUUUGAGGCGCCUUCAUGAUUUGAAUGAGCCUAGGCAACAAUCACAAGCCAUUACUCCUGGCAGCAGCACUAGCAGCAGCAGCAGUUCUGCCACUAAUAACAGCAAUCCUGCAACCACAACCAAUUCAACAGCACCAGGUAACAGCCCCUCUGAGGCAGGUGCCAGUUCAGCACGACCUGAUAGACCUCGCCUGCUCAGGAUAGCAAGAGCAAGACAAUCAACCAGACAAGGCCAAGCUCCAGCUGCUAUUGCACUUGGACACUUUUUACGCAAUCCUACUCCAGCUACUAGGACAUUAGUAAUGAUCGCACCUCAUCAAGGAGGAGCUCAAAACAUUCAUCUUCGAGUAUCUCCCAAUUCUUAUUCAUAUCAAAGUCAGCAGCUCAAAAUACCAAGGAAUCACAAAAUUCAUCAAAACAUGCCAAGACUGUCGCAUUACAUUGAAGAACCCAAUGUUGGAAAAGGGUUUAUAAAGGAACUGUGCUUCUCAUCGGAUGGCCGUGUGAUGUGCUCACCUUUCAGCUAUGGUAUCCGAUUGUUAUCCUUUACUCCGGAUUGUCAGGAGAUAAGUACCUCCUUACCUACUGAUCCACCUGUUAGGUUGUAUGAAGUUUCAGAGAGAAUGUGCCAUGAAGACUAUGUGGUUAGUAGCAAAUUUUCACCAACUCAUUGUUUAUUAGUGUCUGGUUGUCUGAAGGGCAAAAUUGUUUGGCAUCAGCCAAACCUUUAACUGGCAUCACUCCAUCAAGUCUGUAUUUCUGUUUAAAAGAAAAAUAUACUGCUGUGUUAAUUUUUACAAUUCCUAUGUAAUUUUAAAAAUAAUACUUUGUCGUAAUUUUUUUUUUUUUUUCGCAAAUCAGGACUUAGAAAAUUUUGGGAAUAUUAAUUUUGUUUUCACAUACUCAACGGAAGAUAAAUGUUGCUUGGUGUGUCUUGAUCAUGAUCCACUAUUUAUUUGUGAUAUACUUUCUUACCAAUUUUGUUUUUUCUCUUUUAUUAAAAAAAAUAAUUAAAAAACAAAACAAAAAAAUAUGUAUUUAGGUAUAUAGAUGAUUAACUUUAUUAGUCCAUUGAACUUGUGUGAUAUGAUUCUAUCAUAAUGCUGCCAAGUGCUGUAUCAUGUAAAUCUAAAAGACUUACACUUAGAUUCUAAUUGUUAAAUGCUGAUUAUGUCAAGCUGUUGGUUUUGCCCACAGGAAUUGUGCAAUUGUUAAUUUGAUCUCUUGCAUAGAAAAUGUGUUGCAAUACAUUGAUUUCCUCUUAAUUUCUUCUUUUUUGUACUGUAAGAGUUAAAAUGGUUUCUAACAACUGUUAAAUGUUCAUAUCAAAGCUUGCUUUGUUGAGAAGCUAUAAAAUAAUGGUAACAGCAGAUUCUUCUUAUUCAUUUGUUGUUUUCUAGUUUGCUUUCAGUUUGUUUCUGAACAAUAUUUGUAGCAUGUUUUUGGAUUAAAGAAAAUAUUACAUGGCUCUGUCUGUUUUA